AUGCCCAGCACGUUAUCUUUGGAUUUUAAGAGUUCUGCAUUAUUGAUUGCAUUGGUUCUUGUUCCUAUCGUCAUCCUCUUCUGCACUGUCGCCCUCGCUCUCGCCUGCUCCGAGUUCUGGAGUUGCCAUCCACACGGUCCAGCGUGGUUCUCUCGUCUCUGUCGCCGAAAUAAAAAGGGGACGAAGGAACGCCAGACCUGGUUCGAUCCUGACGACUGCUCCACGCCCCGAGCAACCGAGUCUUCCGACAAUCCGGUCGAAUACGAACGCCCGGUCAUCGGGCUGGAGCAAGUCUAA